AUGACAAUUCCAGCCGGUUUGGCAAAUACAUGGCCAUCAAUUUUGAUUACAAAGGCACGCGAUCCAAUUGGCGGUCAUAUCCAAAACUACUUGCUGGAAAAGGCCCGUGUGGUGGGCCAACAGGAGGGUGAACGCAACUUUCAUGUUUUCUAUCAGCUCUUGGCCGGCGCUGGUGAUGCCGAUUUACGCCGGAUGGGCCUGCAAGCCGACGCCACCAAGUAUGCAUAUGCCAAUGGGGGCAAAACUGUCGCAGUGCGCGGCAUCAACGACAAGCGCGACUAUCGCGAGGCCAGUGAGGCCAUGCAAUCCAUUGGUUUUGACCCAGAGGUCCAGAAAACUGUUUGGAAUAUCGUGGCCUCUGUGUUGCAUCUUGGAAAUUUGUCGUUUGAGAAAGUCGGCGACAAUUGCAAGCUCGUCAACUCGGAGCACGUACGCUCCAUUUGCCAACUUCUGGACCUGCAACAGCCCGAGCUAGAGGCCGCCCUGACCACCCGCGUGGUGGCCGCUCGUGGCGAGGUGGUCAAAAAGCCCCUCAAGCAAGGCGAGGCCGAAAUUGCUCGCGAUGCCCUGGCCAAGGCGCUGUACGAGCGAACUUUUUCGACGAUUGUGCAGGCCAUCAACGAUGCCAUCCAAGUCCGCGACACCGGCGGUCGUACGACCGUGAUCGGUGUCCUGGACAUUUACGGCUUUGAGAUCUUUGACAACAACGGCUUUGAGCAACUGUGCAUCAACUACUGCAAUGAAAAGCUGCAGCAGCUUUUCAUUGAGCUGGUUCUCAAGCGUGAGCAGGAAGAAUAUCGCGCCGAGGGCAUCACUUGGACAGAUGUCAAGUUCUUCAACAAUCGUGUGAUUUGCGAGCUGAUCGAGAGUCAGCGGAGCGGCAUCUUGGGCAUUCUUGAUGAAAAGUGUCUCAUGGUGGGCAAGAUGACGGAUGAAGACUUUCUGGAUCACAUGGACAAGGAGCUCACGCGACACGACCAUUACACCUCUCGCAUGACGGACCGUAAUAACAAGCAGCUUCGCUUGGGCGUCGACUUUCAACUGAAGCAUUUUGCAGGCGACGUCACUUAUCAGGUGCCUGGCUUUCUGGAGAAGAAUCGCGACACCUUGUUCCAAGAUCUCAAGCGCUUGCUGUAUCACUCGCGCAACGGCGUUCUGCAAAAGAGAUGUGGCCCGAGGGUGCCCAAGACAUUGCGGCUGUCAACAAGCGCCCCGUCACGGCGGGCAAGUCGUUCCGCACCUCGAUGA